AUGGAUGGAUGGAUACUCUUUAAGGAAGUCAUUAUCGAAUCCGUUGGCGAGAACGAGUCCAAGACACCGUCGCCCUACCUUACCUUAACUUUCUACUCUCCUGCCGAGGAUAUUUCUUUACUGUUACAGCCCAAAGAUCAUUCGGACAAGGAUCCACGGUCCGAUUCAUAUGUCAACCACCCUACCAACAGUGACAUCACCCUCGUCUUGGUGUCAUUAAUCCAAGCCGUUGGCUUCCUGGUGCUCGCGUUGGUUCGCUGGAAGUUUCUGGAGCUGGGCGGUCGGCAUGGUCAACCAGGGCAUAUACAUCUGCCACUCUAUCGGUUUGUCAUGCCUGUGGCACAGUCAAUUGCCUGGUCGUACGCAUUCAUCUUGUGCAUGGUGGCAGGAUUCACGCGGCAUAUCGUGCGGCCGUCUCGGAUCAGGAGGAUGCUUAUUGUGUUCUCAAUGUUCACCUUCAUGAACUCGUUGAUCAGGACGAGGUCCGCCUUCCGUUAUCGCAACUACCUGGGCACUGAGCCGGAAGGCACAACACCAGAGAUGCGCCAACGCAUGCAAGCGGAACUUGGCUUGGCAAUUAUCAACAUGGUCUUGGCUUCGAUUUUCCUUUAUGUGAUCACCGCCACGAGCAAGGGACCGGAUGUUUACUUCGAGGGUAAAAAAGUCUCAACAGAAGUCAACGCAUCGUUUUUCCGCUGGAUCACCUACAAUUGGAUGAACGACAUCAUGUGGGAGGGCUACGAGCGAGCGCUGGAGCUGGAAUUCUUGCCAAGUCUGACCGAUCAGAUGCGUGCUCGGCCAAUGUACAGAGUGUUUGCCCGGACAAGAUCUCUCCUGUGGAGAAUCUACGAAAGCAACAGCAGAGAUAUCUGGAUCAACGUUGUCUUUGGAAUCGUAUCGUCGGUCGCGUCAUUUGGUAUGCCUUACUUCAUGGACAAACUUCUGAGCUACAUGGAGGAAUACCACGACGAGAAGGUGAUCAUCAAGAGUCCCAAGGAGAUGGCGUACCUCUACGUGAUUGGGAUGCUUGUCAGCGACAUCUUGAAAAGUGUCACCUUUGGCCAGAACCUGUACUAUGGUCGGCGUGUUGACGUCCGACUUCGCGCCAUGCUGAGCGCGGAGGUCUACUCGAAGGCAUUGAGGCGCAAGGAUAUGACAGGAAUCAUUUCGGAGAGCACCAAAAAGGGCGCACGAUCUGAUACUGGCAUGAUCACCAACCUAAUGGCGGUCGACGCCAACCGUAUUUCAUCUAUGGGGUCGUCCGUCUUUUUCCUUUAUACGGGCCCUAUCGAGAUUGCCCUUGGAGUGGUCAUGCUUUAUGGUCUUCUUGGCCCCUCUUCUCUUGUUGGAUUGGGUGUCAUGUUCUUGACUUCCCCAGCCCACCAUUUUGCCGCCAGGAAGUACUCAAAGAUCCAGGAGUCACUCAUGGAGACAAGAGAUCGCCGAGUUGGACUUAUGAGCGAGCUCUUGCAGGGAAUCAGGAUGAUCAAAUUCUUUGCAUGGGAGAAGAAGAUUCAAAAGAAGAUUAUGGAGGUGCGCGACCAAGAACUUCGCCGUUUUGUCCGCCUUUACAUCAUCAACACCUUCUUUACCUUGCUUUGGUUCACUUCGCCUAUCCUGGUCACAGUGAUGUCUUUCACCUCCUACACUAAGCUCGAACAUAAGGAGCUCUCGUCGCACGUUGCCUUUACAUCUAUGGCCAUCUUCUUCAUCCUCCGAGCUCCGCUCAACUUGCUCCCUGGCUCGAUCACGGAUUUGUUGGAGACGAUCGUCAGCAUGAAGAGAAUCGAGGCAUUUUUGAACGAAGGCGAAAUCUCCAAGUAUUCCGAUGCUGCUAACGUGGCCACUCCGGAGAGCGUCGUCCAGAGCCCUACAUCCAUAGUACAGUCGUUCCAGACCUCCAACGCGAUUGGCUUCACCAAUGCCACGUUCAAGUGGCACACCAAAGCUUCGUCGAACACCUUUGAUAAUCAGGCUCCAUCCCAAGGUGCCUUUAUGCUCAACAACCUGACGCUCAGUUUCCCUGUUGGCAAGCUGAGCCUCGUCUGUGGAUCGACGGGAUCGGGCAAGACAUCGCUUCUAAUGGCCCUAUUGCGAGAGAUGGAUUUGAUCUCAGGAUCGGUUCACCUCCCUCAGGCAAAGUCCAAGAUAGUUGACCCUUCAACAGGGUAUAUCCACGGCUCAGUCGCUUAUGUCUCGCAGUAUCCAUGGCUGCAGCAGGCCAGCAUCCGGGAGAACGUCCUCUUCGGCUCCCCCUACGAGUCUGAAAGAUACCAACAUGUCCUGGAAGCUUGUGCGUUGCUGCCUGAUCUCGCGGUUUUCGAACAUGGAGAUUUGACCGAGAUUGGCGAGAAAGGCAUUACUCUCUCUGGUGGCCAAAAGCAACGAGUGGCGCUGGCCCGAGCCAUGUACUCCAGAGCCCAACAUCUGUUGUUCGACGACUGCCUCUCAGCGGUGGACGCGCACACAGCUCGUCACAUAUUUGAAAACUGUCUCAAGGGCCCUUUGAUGAACGGAAGGACCCGGAUCUUGGUCACCCACCAUGUUCGCCUCUGCCUGCGGGACGCCAGCUACGUCGCCCUUCUGAAGGAUGGAUCGUUGCUUCUGACUGGUUCACCUGUCAAGCUGAUCCGCUCCGGACUGUUGAGCGAAAUUUUGGAGCGAAAUGGGCUUAUGGAGGAGGACCAGGAUGUCUCCAGCUCAUCGACACUAGCCGCGGACCACGCUCUCCUUUCCAGAGACGCUUCUCUUCGCAGCCCCAAUUCCCCUAAGGCCGCGACUAUCAAAGGGGCUAAAAAACUCGUCGAUGAAGAAGCACGAGCACGAGGAAAGGUCAAGCUGAUGGUGUAUGACAUGUACAUGAAGGCUUGUGGAGGAACAGGAUUCUGGAUCACUUUGGCGUUCAUCCUCCUAGUUUUGAAAAUGCUUGGCGUUAUGGAGCUUGGAUGGAUCAAGAUCUGGACGGACGCGACUGAGGAGGUCAGGAAAGUCGCGAAGCCUAUUGCGCGGUUUGGGAUCUUUCGCUGGGGCGGCCUUCCGGAGGAUGAGAACGAAGAAGUCGAGGACCUCGACUUUUACAUUGGAAUCUACUGCUUUAUUACCCUCAUGGCCGUCUUCUUUACUGUCGUCAGGAUGCUUUGGCAGUUCUACGGGUCCCUCAGAGCGUCAAGAGACCUUUACGAGCAGUUGUUGCUCUCGGUCGUCCGUGCCCCUAUCCGCUUCUUCGACACUACUCCUGUGGGUCGUAUCAUUAACCGAUUCUCCAAGGACUUUGAGGUCAUUGAUACUCAGAUGAUGUCCAAGAUGGUUUCCCUGGCGACCGAUGCUUUGGGAAUCGUUACCAUUAUUGUUGUCGUCACAUUCGUUACACCGACGUUUUUGAUCGCAGCUGCGCUCAUUACCACGGCAUACGUUGUCAUUGGUGCGUACUACAUUACUGCAAGCCGAGAGCUGAAGCGUAUCGAAUCCGUGACAAAGUCCCCUCUUUACAGUCAUUUUGGCGAGACUCUCAUCGGAGUCUCCACCAUCCGCGCCUUUGGUGUUGAGACGCGCUUCAUGGAAGAAGUGCUGACAAAGCUGGACAACAACAAUGCGCCUUACUAUUUCUUGUGGAUGUGCAACCGCUGGCUCAGCAUCCGUGUCGAUUUUAUGGGCGCCAUGGUCAACUUUAUCGCCGGCAUUCUCAUUCUUCUCAACAUCGAACGCGUGGAGGCUGGCUGGGCAGGUAUUAGUCUCGUAUCGACCCUGAACAUUAUGGGACUCAUCUACUGGCUUGUUCGAAUCUACACGGAGAUGGAGAUGUCGCUGAACAGUGUCGAGCGUGUCCAAGAGUACUUGCAUAUGCCUCAAGAGCCACCUGCAAUCCUUCCAGGAUCUCGUCCACCGGCUGGCUGGCCAUAUGACGGAACUAUCGAGAUCAAGGAUUUGACGAUGCAAUACGCGCCUGACUUGAAGCCUGCUCUUGAGGGCAUUUCUAUCCGUGUCCGGCCGCGUGAAAAGAUUGGAAUUGUGGGCCGCACAGGCUCAGGAAAGUCGACGCUGGCGUUGUCGCUCUUCCGAUUCAUGGAGCCCACGGCAGGGUCGAUCGUGAUUGACGGUAUCGACAUUUGCAAGAUUGGUGUCGAAGAUUUGAGAAGGAGCUUGACCAUUAUACCCCAAGAUGCCGUGCUGUUCAACGGCACUAUCCGAUCCAACCUGGACCCAUUCCAAGAACAUGAUGAUCUCGAGAUUUGGGAGUCUCUGCGCCGCGUCCACCUUGUAAAGGCACGUGGAUCUAGAUCUGGCUCGGCCUCAAGCAUGUCAUCUAGUCCUUACGGUGACCAACACCCUGAUCAGCCCAACUUUCACCGCCAUCCUCAUGCCCACCACGAGAGCUCUCCUUACGACAUGAAUGGAUCGGGCCCCCUUUUCAAUCUCGACCCAAUUCCUAGCGGUCUUGAUAGUCUGAUGCUGGAUGCUUCUGCUUCAGAGUAUCAGAACGGAGUCUACAACGAUCCCUUCCAUCCUGCGGUCUGUCCCCAACCUAUGCCCACAGCUUCCGCUGUUCUCUCUCCCGUCUCUCGCUACGAGACUAUGGAUCCAGCAACCCAGACGGUGGCCUCGACACCCUUGCUGUAUGGUCACAACAACGGCCUCCUUCCUGUUGACCCCAUGUCUCCAAGAGUGCUCUGCUCUGCGUUUAACCAAGGAGAGACUGCAGAACCAGCCCCAGCACAGCAGACCUCGUCCCCCCAGCCGCAGUCGGAUCAAGUAGAUCCCUUUGAGAGUUUGGACAGUCCUGUCAGCGAUGGCGGACACAACUUUUCUCAGGGACAGCGUCAGCUCCUCUGCAUGGCCCGUGCAUUGCUUCGCCAAAGCAAAGUUAUCAUCAUGGAUGAAGCUACUGCAAGCGUUGACUUUGCAACGGACGAGAGAAUCCAGACAACAAUCCGUAACGAACUUGGCGAUUCGACGCUGAUCACUGUUGCGCAUCGUUUGAGGACCAUUAUGGACUAUGACCGUGUUUUGGUGCUUGAGGAAGGCCGGGUGAUUGAGUUCGACAGUCCUAUCAACCUGAUUACGAAUCCCUCCAGUCGAUUCCGCGACAUGGUGGAAAAAUCGGGCGAGUGCGACACCCUCUUCGAGAUGGCCGCCCGUUGCUACUAA